ACGAUGGUAGGAAGAGACUGCCCCAAGAUUGGAAAAAAAAGGGUCACUUAAUGUUCGUUGACCACGAUGGUCAAACGACGGAGAUUGACGACUACUCAGAUCUUGGGGAGUUCACAGAGCAAGAUGGGGGUGGUGAGACUGCAGAUGGUGGAGUCGUGGCACCCAUCAAGGAAAAGGCUAGGGGGACCGGGAAGAAGAAGGUAGUACGGUCCAUGGGUCAGGGCGGCCAAGGAACACCCGCAUGGGUGAAGAUUGGUUUAGAGUAUGAGGUGUGGCGUGAUCGAGUUGCCAGGGGUACAUGUAUGGACUGUGGCAACUAUGGCCAGACGUCCAGGACUUGCCGCGGCAAGAAGAUCACCACGAAGGUAGCCUCACCAACGGUGCACGCGAUGAAUAGGAUCUUUCAUGACUACUUGGACAAGUUUAUCGUCGUGUACCUCGACGAUAUUCUCAUCUUUAGUAGGACUGUAGAGGAGCAUGAUGAGCACUUGAAAACAGUGCUAGGCCUCCUAAGACAGCACCAGUACAAGGUAAACUUGGAUAAAUGCGAGUUUGGUCGCACCAAGAUCUUGUACUUGGGUCAUGAAAUUUCAGCAGAUGGAUUGAGGCCAGAAGAUGCGAAAGUGGCCAGCAUACGUGAUUGGCCCAGACCUCAAACUGUUACUGAGGUAAGAUCGUUUUUGGGGAUGACGGGCUAUUAUCGUCCGUUUGUGAAGAACUAUAGUACUAUAGCUUCCCCAUUAACAGAUCUAACUCGACUUGACACCCCUUGGGAGUGGACUGAAGAGUGUGAAGCAAGCUUCAAGAAAUUGAAGUAUGAUCUGACGCACUAUGAAGUCCUCAAACUUCUUGAUCCUGACAAGCCGUUUGUUGUGACCACAGACACCAGCCAAUAUGGCAUAGGCGCGGUCCUUGCGCAACAGGAAGGGCCCAAGUUGAGACCGAUCGAGUAUAUGAGCAAGAAGAUGCCAUCUCAGAAGUUGGCUAAGUCCACUUAUGAGAGAGAGCUCUACGCCCUGUACCGAGCGCUAAUAACCCCAGCGUGCAACCUGCCUUUGAAGUGUCUGAGACGUGGUGGGAAGAUCGCAAUCAUCAACCUGCAGGAAACACCGAAGGACAGAAGUGCUGUUCUUGUUCUCAGGGCAUUUACGGACCAGGUGAUGGCAGGUGUGAUGCAGGAAUUACGGCGUUCAAUUCCACCCUUUGUUCGCAUAGAUCGCUUUUGCAUAAAAUGUAUAUCGCGGGCUGCAGGUGAUGAGCAGGAGGAUCUCUGUUCAUGGAUUGCUGUCAAGUCCUGCUCAAAUGCUGUACAAUGUCCCAGGAUGGGCAACCUGGAUCCCAUUUUCAUUUCUCAAGGUGGUGAUCUUGUUGAGGUAUAUUUUACACAGUUUACUGUCUAGUCAUGUGGCCCUUGGCAUGCCUUGGCUGCAUUGAACCCCCAUUUAUAGUAAAGUAUACUCAACUGC